UUCAACAUGGCAGAAGCCGGUGACUCUCAGAGCCUUGAUAAAGCAGUGGACCUUGAUCCUUCAAGCUCUGCAGAAACCUCAGAUCUCAGAAGCGUUUUGGUUACAAGUGUUUUGAAUUUGGAGAAGCUGGACACUGACCUGUACCGAGGGAAGCAUCACUGGGUACCUCGGUCUCAGCGUCUCUUUGGUGGCCAGAUUGUUGGCCAGGCUCUGGUAGCAGCUGCCAAAUCUGUGAAUGAUGAUCUAAAUGCUCAUUCCCUCCACUGUUACUUCGUAAGAGCUGGAGACCCAAAAGUUCCAGUGCUUUAUCAGGUUGAAAGGAUUCGUGACGGUCGUAGUUUUUCAGUUCGACUGGUCAAGGCCAUCCAGCACGGUCAGCCAAUACUGAUAUGUCAGGCAUCGUUUCACCUGCAGCAGACCAGUCCACUCGAGCAUCAGUUUACCAUGCCCAGCGUCCCCCCACCUGAAGCCCUGCUUACAGGAGAGGAGCUUAUCCAACAAUACCUCAGUGAUCCAAAAGUAGCUGAUAAUGCCAAGCAGGGAUUGAAUAAGAUCCUGGCUGACGAGGUUCCCAUCGAGAUCAAACCAGUGAAUCCAAGUGACUUUUACAAGCGUGUACCAAUGGAGCCUAAAAAGUUGUUCUGGGUCCGAGCAAAAGGGCAUAUUGGGGAGGCGGACAUGAAACUGCACUGUUGUGUUGCUGCAUAUGUAUCAGACUUCUUAUUCCUUGGCACGGCGAUGUUGCCUUACCCUCAUCUCAGAGCCCAGUUCGUAGCCUCUCUGGAUCAUGCCAUGUGGUUCCACAACACAUUUAGAGCAGAUCAGUGGAUGCUGUAUGAGUGUGAGAGUCCUUGGGCAGGAGGCAGCAGAGGGUUGGUGGAAGGCCGCUUAUGGAGACAGGAUGGGGUUCUCGCAGCUUCUUGUGCACAAGAAGGAGUGUUACGAGUUAAAGACACGAUUCCUAGUAAACUGUAGAUGAGAUUUUGUAAAAGUUUCUUUGAGCUGAUGACAUUCCUUUUCUGUAGUAAAACAGACUAAUCAUGAUUAUAAUUACCAUAGAUUUACAUGUUAAUAAUCAAUUCUGAUGGAUGGCUGGUGAUCGACCGUUUACAGAGUGUUCAGUCAGAACAGCCAGACAUUGUGUUCUUUGAGCACUCAAUGGGAACUGAAAUGGCACAUUUACAACCUGAAACGACUGUCUGUGCAACUUAAAUUUCUCUAUAAAACGCUGUAAUGAAGGACUUCAUUGAAACCACGAGGAACUAUAAAAUUAAUGCAUUUACAGGCUUGCUAAAAUAGGAUUGUCAUUUGAUUUACUUACCAAAUUUAGGUGUUUAUAUUAAACAGCACACUACAAUUAUUUAAGCUUUUUUGUUGUUACUUAAAUCUGAUUUGCAGCUAUUAAAUUAAUUCACAAUCUGUACAGGUGAAUGCACUUAAUAUUAUUAAUAAUAAUU